UGGCAGGACUUUUGCGGCAUACAAAUCCCAUUUGCAGUGCUUUGUCUUCACUGGCUGCCGGCUGGCGUCACUCAAGGGGCACUACUGCUCCUACAGUAAAUAUUUGUGUUUUCUCAACCGGUUGUGAUGGUGAACGACUGAGACUGAAAAGAGAGGAAUAAAACCACGAAUAUCAAAGUCUAGACACAAUACUACGAGACGCGAGUAGGAAUAAAGCUUCAGCGCAAAAUGGAUGAGCUCAAACACCAAGUAAUGAUAAACCAGUUCGUCUUGACAGCGGGUUGUGCUGCAGAUCAGGCAAAGCAGCUUUUGCAAGCAGCACAUUGGCAAUUUGAGACUGCCCUCAGUGCCUUUUUUCAAGAAACGAAUAUUCCAUACGGUCACCAUCAUCAAAUGAUGUGCACCCCAGCUAACACACCGGCCACCCCACCCAACUUCCCUGACGCCCUCACCAUGUUCUCCCGGCUGAAGGCCUCAGAGAGCUUCACCACCAGCAGCCCCAUGGCCUCCAUGGCCACCUCUCCCCCUCCUCCACACGAUUGCUGGGGCGUGCCACCGCCCCCCAUGCCCAUGAGCGGCCCACAGGGUCAGGGACUCUGGAUUCAGGGGGAGCCACCCUCCCACCCCGCAGCCUGGCCCACGGGGGUCACCAUUAACCCCCACACCCACCAACACCCGGCCACUGAACAGAAGGCGAGUGUGGCCAUGGAGGCCGAGAGAUGAGGGGCCAGGACUGGAUGGCCCUGGGGGGAGGAAGGGAGAGGAUGGGAGGGUGGAGACAAAGACAGCUACGUAAACCAAGAAAAACCAAGCAACUACAUAAUGUGGACAUUUCAACAAGAGGUGGAGAAAAUGAUUCAAAUAAGGAAUCAAAAGGAAAACAUUUUAAUGGAAAAAGCAGUGCACACACUUAGCAAUAAGAGAGCAACUGAAAUCUUUGUUAGUUUGUUUUUCUUCUCUCUCAGUAAAUGUAUAGAUAAGACAAAGAAAUGUAUGGAACUAAAGGUAAUCACCAUCAUGCUGAUGUUUUCUGACAUUUAAAAGGCAGCAACUGUUUCUUCUCUUGUUCUUCUUCUUUUCUUUUUGUCUGUCCAUCCAGUGUUUUCCCUCUACUGGGGACCUGUGAUAAGAAGUGUUUGUGUUGCAUGGAGAGAGAGAAUCUGUCCAUCCAGUGUUUUCCCUCUACUGGGGACCUGUGAUAAGAAGUGUUUGUGUUGCAUGGAGAGAGAGAAUCUGUCCAUCCUGUGUUUUCCCUCUACUGGGGACCUGUGAUAAGAAGUGUUUGUGUUGCAUGGAGAGAGAGAAUCUGUCCAUCCAGUGUGUUCCCUCUACUGGGGACCUGUGAUAAGAAGUGUUUGUGUUGCAUGGAGAGAGAGAAUCUGUCCAUCCAGUGUUUUCCCUCUACUGGGGACCUGUGAUAAGAUGUGUUUGCGUUGCAUGGAGAGAGUGAAUCUGUCCAUCCAGUGUGUUCCCUCUACUGGGGACCUGUGAUAAGAUGUGUUUGCGUUGCAUGGAGAGAGAGAAUCUGUCCAUCCAGUGUUUUACCUCUACUGGGGACCUGGGAUAAGAAGUGUUUGUGUUGCAUGGAGAGAGAGAAUCUGGCAGUGUAAAGUUUUACUCUAGUAUUCUCAACAUGUGUCUGUGUGCAGUGUAACCGUCAUGCACACUUACACACUCAACUAGCGAGCAGAAGAAACAGUGACAUAGUUUUCAUUACCCAUCGGAAGGUGGAACUCUUCUUACCUCACCUGGUGGUCACCUGACUUUUUUCAGCCUAUCAGGGAUUCUCAACUGUUUGACAAUGCAGAACAUUUUUUUAAACUGAUUGUAAUUUUUCAACUCUGGUAUUUUCUCAUGACGAUGACACUGUUCACUGCUAUAGCUUUUCUUUCCAACGAAGGGUGAUGCUUUACUAUUAACCUGUUCUGGAAGUUAGAACAGGCCACUGCAAUGGUUCUGCAGAUUUGGGUAUUAUAUAAAAAUCAUGGUUUGAUAUAUUAAAGUUCAUGUUUUCUUGGUGGGAGGGAUGGAUGGGGUUUUGGAGGAUUCGAGAGUGGGCGGGAUUUGUUUAUGUUGUGUUUGGGAAGAGCCAAUCGGAGAAGCUAAAAAUAAAUCUACAGAAAAAACAGACUACUAUAAAUACAUUGACCAUUUGUAAAGCAGAACUUGCCACUUUGCAUGAGGGAUACUGUCUUGUAGCAAACACUUGAAACCGAGACGUGUUUCUGGCUGUUGGCGCAGGGGAUACUACAUGGUUUAUCCCUCUGAUUUAUAAUUUGUAUAGCAGCAUAAUACAACUGGUUAUGAUCACACGUGUACUGUGAUCCUGCCUAUAGCAGAUUAUGUAAAGCAUUGAUUUAAGACAAUAUUCACAUGCAGGGUCAGCCCCGUUCAGUUUUGUUGUCCUUGGGUUAUUUCAAUUGAAUAAAGAAUAUAAAAUAAACCCAGCUAGAAAUCUUUGUUUAUGUAAGUUCUUUUUUUAGGCAGAACAUUUUCAGGAAAAUAUCAUUCUAAUUCUGAGUAAACCAUCUUUAAUUUGACUAAAAGGAUGUUUCAGUUCAUCCCUUUUCCAUCAUUUUUGUUUGAAUCUGGGAAUCUUGGGAUGGCCUAUACCUGAAUGGUUUCUCAGUGUUAUAUUUCCCCCUGUGUGACUGUAUUACCAUUCCCACAAUAUUUGUGGACUACCUGAUAAUUAACUUAGCAUUUUUUGUGUUCCUAAAUAAAUAUUGUAUGUCAACCUA